CUCUCAAAAUGUCUUUCUGCAAACUUCCCCUUCAUGCCACUUCAAACUGAGGUACCAGAAGUAAAAAGGCAUUAUUCGACUUCCAAAGGAACCCAGAAGCAAAAUUAAUCACCUUAUUUGCCCCAGUUUGAGGAUUUAAUUUAACUUCUGGGCCCCACAGUGAAACUAGUUAUCAAGACCUCACACACUAUACCAAUACCCAAAUGUUUGCUCCCGUCUCCAGCACAUGCCGAGAACCAUGUUUGGUUCUUGAGUGGCACGCAAGCUCCGGUCUCUUCGCCCUUAAACCCUGAUCACGCAGGAACCACCUACAGCUCUUCACACCCUUCCCAACCCCCGUCCCGGAAGUUGCGUCACGGCGCUCGUGCGCCCUGUCCCCGGAUGCACUUUUACAUCCGGAUUCUUAGUGCGGACUCAGAGCUCCACGGUUCCCAGUUAGCACAUGCGCGGCGGCUCCGCUCGCUCUUUCUCCACUUCCACCAGCCUUCACUGUUCGGGCGGCCGCCGCCGCCACCGCCGCCGAGAAGUCAGGAAGUUCAAGAUGGCCGCCGCGGACACCCAGUCGCUGCGGGAGCAGCCAGAGGUGGAAGAUGCUGAUAAUUCUGAAAAGAGUGUAAAUGAAGAAAAUGGAGAAGUAUCAGAAGACCAGUCUCAAAAUAAGCACAGUCGUCACAAAAAAAAGAAGCAUAAGCAUAGAAGUAAACAUAAGAAACAUAAACAUUCCUCAGAAGAAGACAAGGAUAAAAAACAUAAGCAUAAGCAUAAGCAUAAGAAACAUAAAAGAAAAGAAGUUAUUGAUGCUUCUGAUAAAGAAGGUAUGUCUCCAGCAAAAAGAACUAAACUUGAUGAUUUAGCUUUGCUGGAAGACUUGGAAAAACAGAGAGCCUUGAUUAAAGCUGAACUUGAUAAUGAGUUAAUGGAAGGAAAGGUCCAAUCUGGGAUGGGGCUCAUAUUACAAGGUUAUGAGUCUGGCUCUGAAGAAGAGGGGGAGAUUCAUGAAAAGGCAAGAAAUGGAAAUAGGUCUAGUACUAGAUCUUCAAGUACAAAGGGGAAACUUGAACUUAUGGAGAAUAAAAAUAGUACAAAAAAGCGAAGUAAAAGCAGAUCCAAAGAACGGACUAGACAUAGGUCUGAUAAAAAGAAAAGUAAGGGAGGUGUUGAAAUAGUGAAAGAGAAGACAACUAGAAGCAAGUCAAAGGAGAGGAAAAAGUCCAAAAGUCCAUCAAAAAGAAGUAAGUCUCAAGAUCAAACAAGAAAAUCAAAAUCUCCUACCCUGAGAAGACGAUCUCAAGAGAAAAUUGGGAAAACCAGGUCUCCUACUGAUGAUAAGGUUAAAGUUGAAGAUAAAAGCAAGUCAAAAGAUAGAAAAAAAAGCCCACUUAUAAAUGAAAGUAGAAGUCGUGAUAGAGGCAAAAAAUCCAGAUCCCCAAUUGACUUGAGAGGUAAAUCUAAAGACAGAAGGUCACGGUCCAAAGACAGAAAAUCAAAACGGUCUGAAACUGAUAAAGAAAAGAAGCCAAUUAAAUCUCCCUCUAAAGAUGCUUCCUCUGGGAAAGAAAAUAGGUCACCCAGUAGAAGACCUGGUCGUAGUCCUAAAAGAAGAAGUGUGUCUCCGAAACAACGUGAUAAAUCAAGAAGAAGUAGAUCUCCAUUUGUAAAUGACAGAAGGUCUAAGCAGAGCAAAUCACCUUCUCGGACUCUGUCUCCUGGUAGAAGAGCCAAGAGCCGAUCUUUGGAAAGAAAACGAAGAGAACCAGAAAGAAGACGACUUUCUUCUCCAAGAACACGACCUCGAGAUGAUAUUCUCAGACGCGAAAGAUCAAAAGAUGCCAGUCCGAUCAGCCGGUGGUCUCCAACCCGAAGAAGAGUGAGUAGAUCUCCCAUUAGGAGGAGAUCUCGUUCCCCACUCAGACGAAGCAGGUCUCCCAGAAGAAGAAGCAGGUCUCCUCGGAGAAGGGACAGAGGUCGGAGGAGCAGAUCACGCUUAAGAAGGCGGUCUCGGUCACGGGGUGGUCGUAGACGUAGGAGCAGAAGCAAAGUAAAGGAAGAUAAAUUUAAAGGAAGUCUUUCUGAAGGAAUGAAAGUUGAGCAAGAAUCUUCAUCUGAUGAUAACCUUGAAGACUUUGAUGUAGAGGAAGAGGAUGAAGAAGCCCUAAUAGAACAGAGAAGAAUACAAAGGCAGGCAAUUGUUCAGAAAUAUAAAUAUCUUGCUGAAGAUAGCAAUAUGUCUGUGCCAUCUGAACCAAGCAGCCCCCAGAGCAGUACUUGUACACGGUCACCUUCUCCAGAUGACAUUCUAGAAAGGGUAGCUGCUGAUGUUAAAGAGUAUGAACGGGAAAAUGUUGAUACAUUUGAGGCCUCAGUAAAAGCCAAGCAUAAUCUCAUGACAGUUGAACAGAAUAAUGGUUCAUCUCAGAAGAAGCUGUUGGCACCUGAUAUGUUUACAGAAUCUGAUGAUAUGUUUGCUGCAUAUUUUGAUAGUGCUCGUCUUCGAGCUGCUGGCAUUGGAAAAGAUUUCAAGGAAAAUCCCAACCUCAGGGAUAACUGGACUGAUGCAGAGGGCUAUUACCGUGUGAACAUAGGUGAAGUCCUCGACAAGCGUUACAAUGUGUAUGGCUACACUGGUCAAGGUGUGUUCAGUAAUGUUGUACGAGCCAGAGAUAAUGCACGAGCUAACCAAGAAGUAGCUGUGAAGAUCAUCAGAAACAAUGAGCUCAUGCAAAAAACUGGUUUAAAGGAACUAGAAUUCUUGAAAAAACUUAACGAUGCUGAUCCUGAUGACAAAUUUCAUUGUUUGCGACUUUUCCGACACUUUUAUCACAAACAGCAUCUUUGUCUUGUAUUUGAGCCUCUAAGUAUGAAUUUACGAGAGGUGUUAAAAAAAUAUGGUAAGGAUGUUGGUCUCCAUAUUAAAGCUGUCAGGUCCUAUAGUCAGCAGUUGUUCUUGGCAUUGAAACUCCUUAAAAGGUGCAAUAUCCUACAUGCAGAUAUCAAGCCAGACAAUAUCCUGGUUAACGAAUCAAAAACUAUUUUAAAGCUCUGCGAUUUUGGUUCGGCCUCACAUGUUGCGGAUAAUGAUAUAACGCCUUAUCUUGUCAGUAGAUUUUAUCGUGCUCCUGAGAUCAUUAUAGGUAAAAGUUAUGACUAUGGCAUAGAUAUGUGGUCGGUAGGUUGUACCUUAUAUGAACUCUAUACUGGAAAAAUUUUAUUUCCUGGCAAAACCAAUAACCAUAUGUUGAAGCUCGCCAUGGAUCUCAAAGGAAAGAUGCCAAAUAAGAGAAGCAGCAAUACUCUUGGGAGCAGAGCCUUACUGGUAACAGCACCAAGUAUGCUCGAGAGCUGGAAUGAGAAAGAUGAAGGUCAGAUGAUUCGGAAAGGUGUAUUCAAAGACCAACAUUUUGAUCAAAACCUCAACUUCAUGUAUAUAGAAGUUGAUAAAGUAACAGAGAGGGAGAAAGUUACUGUCAUGAGUACCAUUAAUCCAACUAAGGACCUGUUGGCUGACUUGAUUGGGUGCCAGAGACUUCCUGAAGACCAACGAAAAAAAGUGCACCAGCUAAAGGACUUGUUGGACCAGAUCCUAAUGUUGGACCCAGCUAAACGGAUUAGCAUCAACCAGGCCCUGCAGCAUGCCUUCAUCCAGGAAAAAAUUUAAACGAGAUGAAGAAGCGCCAAGGGUUUGAGUAAUUAAAUACAAAGACUGAAGAAAUUUCACAGCAGUUUAUUAAUGUAUAUAAACUUAUAAAUAUUUCUCCAGCAAAUUUGAGGAGGCAUGAUAUAUUUGAAUUAACACCAAGGGUGAUAAUUUCUUUUAGAAAUGUUAGUUAAUCUGUUUUGUGUCUUAUGUGAAAUUUCACUGUAGAACUGUUUUAAUUGCCAAGACUGCACAGAAUUACAGUGCUUAUGUAAAUGAUUGCAGUUCACAUAAAAGACAAAAGCAUCUGUUAUAAAGUAGUAAUGCUGGGUGGUUGAUUUAUUUUUAGCAAACUUGGCUUCAUUUUGGUCUUCAGAUAAAAUGGCCAGCAUAAAUGCUGUUUAUAUUCACAUUUUCCUAGGUGUGUGUGUGCAGGCCACAGCAGCAUGCCCUUGGUGUAGUCAGUGCCGAAAGGGGUCUGUUCCUUCUUGAGCCUGCCUGCAGGGAUGGUCUCCUCUUUUAAAGCAGGUUGUGUACAACAUUCAGUACACUGAAGGUAAGCUAAACCAUCAACAUCACUAGUGUUUUAAGAUGUUACUUUAUUGGAACAAUUGACAAAUGAGGGAUAUUAGCUUUGUGGCAGAAUUUCCUGCAUGUGUGAUAGCUGAUCUUGUAUUUUUUGGCAUUGCAACUGUGGCAUAGUUACAAUUUCUGUUCUGUUUAUCACAUUUAAAAUUUGAAGAGUAUGCGCUUGAUGGAUAGAGCGCCUUCAGUGUACUGUUUCUUAUUAACUUUGAUUUUUUUAAAUCAACUUGCUAUAGACUUUAUAUACAUUUUGUUAAAUACAGUUCUUAGUGACAGAAACAAUGCGUAGUUUUCAUUUACUAAUUAUAAAUGUUGAGGCCUAAUUCUGAAAGUCCUCAUAUUUAAAAGUUAGAUAGACAAACAUAAUGAAAUUUUUAACUAUUUGUAUGUCAUUUUGAAAGUGUACUGCUUUAUGGUAAAAGUGUUUUUCAUUUGUUCAUUGUUUUCAUUAUUUGUGAUCAUGUUGUCUUUCAAUACAGGCAUAAACCUUCCACUCUUGAACAAAGCAGCUGCUUUUUAAAAGCGGUAAUUGCUUCUUUACCUUUUAUUUCUUUUGUAAAUGAAGCUUUUCUUUAAGAAUGUGACUUUAAAGUGUUGUCUAUUGCAUAAAACAGUUGACACUCACUUAUUGUAAAGUAAAGAUUGUUCUGCUGCAUGUGAAGUGGACCAUGCAGAUUUCUGUAUGUUCUCAGUAUGCAUCACUAGGUAAUAAAGUCUUUUGUGAACAAGGCAUUUGUAGCCAUUUUUAAAAGUUUUUGUCUUCAGUGCUGGUAAGUCAGGUAAACCAUAAAUAGUUAAAAGCAACCUUUUGUUUCUUCCUUUAAGUCGUUAACUUAAAAGAACUAUUUGUUAAAGAUAUAAACCUAGCCACAAGUUUAUCAUUUUAUUAAUAAUUAGGAUCCUAAUUAUUUCAUCAAAAAAAUCCUACCAGUAUUGUCAGUCUUCAGUGUAGUGAAAUAAUUCCUAUAGGUUAUGGCGUAUAAUUCAGGAUUUAACUAAUGUUUCUGCUAUUUUCUCACUUUUCCUUUUGAUGGUGCGGAAAGAGAAAAAAGGAAAACGGGGCACAGGCCAUUCAACGCCUUCUCCAAGGGGUCUGAUUUGCUGAGACACCAGCUUCACCUUCUUAACAAGGUUAUUUCUGACAGCAUGUGUAGAUAAACAUUUAGCAACAGUUUUAAAAAAAUCAUGUAAAUCGGCUUGGUUUUGCAACACAAAGGAAUUCAUAUUUUUAACAUGGUAGAAAAGAACUUUCAGAAAUGUAUGUAAUCUUUUCUGUUUGGGUGGUAAAAUUAAUGCUUGUUUCCCUGAGGAAUGGGGAAAAUAAUCAGAUUUGGGGGGUUUAAAUAAUAUUUUUAAAUUGUAAAUGGGAUUUUUUUAUUCACCCAGGCACCUAAUUACAACAAGCAUGCACAUUUUGGUGCAUUCAAGAAUGGAAAUCAGAAUAGCAGCAUUCUUCUGGUGGGUUUUGCUCCAUUUAAAGACAUGAAAUGAACUACAGGAAGGUGAUAGAUGAUAUAUUAAGCCAACUUUGAAUCUACACCCAGUCUCUUCAUGGUUUAGACUUACUAAAAUAAAUACAAGGUGGUUUCCAUCUUCAGGUAGAACAAAGCCUUGUCAGUAAGGCAUCACAGUUGCAGCUUUUCUGCCUUAAUUUGAAACAGAUAGUGAUUUUUCCCACCAUUAUUUACUUUAUUUUGGUGAUAAUAUGCUGCAUAUUCAAGUCUUAUAGUUUCCCUCAAAAUAGCUAACCUUUUGAUACUUGUGGUGAUUUUCAUGGCUUCAUUAUAUAUAAUCAUUUAAGUAAGUUAACUUCCACUAGAAACAGUUCAUCAUCUUAUGCCUUCAAGACUAUUACGUGAUCUUUAAAAAACAAAGUUGCUUGUUACUUGUUCUUUGUGUUGUAGGUGCAGUUCAGUGGACGAUGAUGACAACCAGAAGACAUGAGCUAAGGUUUCUGUCCUAUAAAAGAUUUAAAGAAAAAACAAACUCCAUUUAUUUUUUUGUCUGAAGUCCUUAGUUUUCAGCGUUAUGAUCUGGGUUUUGUUAAUGUUGGUACUUAGAGCAGUAGUGCUGUUGUGUCCAUCUGUGACGUGCUUACGUUACCAUGCUACCUGCCUCUCCCCGCUCUUCCACUCUUCCGUCCCCUUGUACAAGACUCUUGGAUGAUGAGAUUCCACAUGACAUGAUUGUCAAAAUAGGUUCCUAAGGUUUGUUAGAAAAACAGCAAGCACCAAAAGAGCAUAGGAUUCAGGUGUCUUAUUUCCUUGGCAGAUGCAAAAGAAUAGAAACUGUAAUUUUAAGAACACUGUUCACUUCCUUGUUCUGUUCCUCAACUUACCUUCGGUAACUUUGUUUUAAACAAGUGCUGCAGUCAUGGUCUGAAAAUAAAAUGUUCAGAGCCAUUUCCACUUAAGGGAAGUGAGAGAUGAUAAUACUGUAGAUCUGUGAGACCACCAAGUUUAGCCUUCCUAGAUUUAUCUCCUUGAGCUUAAAACAAUUUUUAUAUACGCAUACAUGAUCUUUUUUAGAAUUUAUAAUUUUGCUGAGUAGAAAUUAGGAACUCCACAAAACGUCUGUUACAUUGAGGUCAUUUAGUGAGUGAGUAAUGCUUAUUAACCUGCAUUCAGAGUAGCUCUUCGGUUUUCAAAUACGGUAUUGCUCAUGAAGUUUCUAUUUUGUUACAUUUUGUGGCAAAAAUUAUAAUUGGGUAAUUGUCAGACUGCAGGGUUCAUAAGUCUUAGGACAUAAUCUCAAAGCUGUCAUAGUUCUUUCUGUAGGUGGGGAAAUAACAGAUCUAGAAAGCCAUAUACAUUUUAGACACUGCUCUAGAUGGAUCUUAUUCUUGAAGAUAAUAAAAAAUUAGGUUGAAUUUCUAGGCUUAGAAGUGGAGAGCGUAUUUUGUCAUGAAUUUUAAGACUCUUCUAAUAUUUUUAUUCACCCUUAAAUCCUUAUUAAUAGCAUCCUAUUUCAUUAUUCCCCAGUGUCUCAUUUCAUUCCACUUCUCUGAAAAUAAUUUUAAAAUAAUAGUUUUUAUUUUUGCCAUUGUAGUGUUACUGCCCUUCCUAAAUCUAACACAUACUCGGGACAUUUUUACAAUACAAAAAAUGUGUGUAUGUUUGAUGGUAUGUAGUAAAGGUAGUGAAAUAUAUGUUCUGAUUUGUUCCAUUUUUGCAUUCCUCCUCCUAUGCUUUACCUGAAGUUUAUCAUUUUGCAGCAAAACUCUAGCUGACUGGGCAGAAGUAAAAUUUCUGUACUGAAACAAGGAAUCAAUACGCCUUCAAAUUUAAGCCAAGCAAUUAAGGAAUGCCCUUUUAAAUGCUAGAGAUGAGAAAGAAGCCAGAUAUUCAAACAUGUAAUUUCCUCACAUUAGUUAAAUAAUGACAUCAUUAGAAAUUGGACUUCAUAAAAUCUUUUUCUUUUGUAGUAUCCUAGUUCAAAUAUAUAAUAUGAAUUUGUAUCAUUCUUCCCCAGAUGGAAUAUCCUUAUAGAAAUAUUUGUGUUUUCAAUAUGUCGAUAUUGUAUGCUAAAUUGACUUUUAAAAUGUUUUCCAGUUAUCUUGAUUGGUAUCAUCACGGCAUCUUUAAUUUUUCUUCUCCUUCUGUAUGUAGGGUAAGGGACUGUUCUUCUGAAGAAUCUUUGCACUUAGUGAUCAAGAUGUGGAAGCUGAUCUCUGAAAAUACUCAAUAUGUAUCCUAAUUGUUCAUGGUAUCAUUGGAAUUAUAGUUUGCAUUUGAGUAGCAGGAAACAAUAAAAUAUACUUCUUUCUGCCAUA